UCCAAGCAAUGUACUGACCACCUGAUCCUCAUAUCCUGACUGAGCUCUAACAUGUCCACCACCGACGAAAUGACAUCCAGGCCAGUCACUCAUCGCGACAGAAAACCAGAGUCAGCCAUGUCAACUGGGACUGACCGACAAGGCCGCCCAGCAGAGAUGGAUGUUUUGCCGCCAAACCAACCUUCCGCUCUUUACGAAGACAGCUUUGGUUCAAAAUAUCCAACGGCACAGCGCUUUUGCCAUGAGGCCAAGAAAGCAUGGGGCUCUUGUUUUCCGCAUCUAUUCUGGGUGCUCCCAACCCUGGGCGUCGCAGCUGGACUGCUACAAUUGAAUUCCUUGUUCGUUUUCGUCCUUAACUUGGUGGCGGUUAUCCCGCUGUCUGCAAUGAUAUCCUCCUCUUGUGACGAACUUGGGGACCAUCUGGGGGAUUUGAUCGGAGAAUUACUGAGUGCGACAUUUGGCAAUGUGGUGGAAUUAACUGCAGGAGUACUGGGACUGAUCAAUGCCGACGAAAGCUUCAGUCAGUCGGUCAUGAUAGGCAGCGUUCUAUCGGAUGCCCUUUUUGUAUUUGGCACUUGUAUCAUCGCUGCCUCUUAUAACAAGAAGGUCCUCUUUUUCAACAAAGCCGCAGCGCAAGCCCUAUCCUCGUUGAUGAUCAUCACUGCUAUCACCAUCAUCCUCCCGACAACUCUGUAUUCCACCUUUCCCGUACUGGAUUUGGGCGACAAGAUCGAGUCUUUUUCCCGCGGUACUUCCAUCAUCCUGCUGGUUCUCUACAUCGGAUACCUCUACUUCCACCUGGUAACGCACAAGCAUCUGUUCCAGUCCCAAUCCCAGCAAAAUAACGACAGCGACAGCGACAACGACGCCGAUUCCAACAACGCUGAUAACCACCCUUCCGGCCCCUUCUCCCCUGAAAUCUUCCUCAAACCAGCCUUACACAUCGCUUUCGCAGUCACCGGAACGAUCGUCUGCACCUAUCUCAUGUACAUCCACAUCCCCGGCACAAUGCAAAUAACCAGCUUCUCCAAGACCUUCAUCGCACUCAUCCUCGUCCCCAUCGCCAGUAACUCCACCGAAGCCGCAGAGGUCCUGGCCGCCGCGCGAAACGGGGACGUCGACGCCACUAUCGGCAUGAUCGUGGACAGUAUUUUGCAGAUUAGUCUCUUCGCAAUCCCGUUCCUGGUCAUGCUGGGUUGGGCUAUUCGUCAGCCUAUGACGCUGUACUUUGAGACGUCGCAUACGGUGAUUUUCUUCUUUUCGAUCAUGUUUGUGAAUCACUUGUUGCAUGAUGGGAGGUAUAUGUAUAUCCAUGGGACGAUGUUGGUUGCGCUGUAUAUUGUUGUUGUGACCACGUUUUAUAUGGAUUGAGUAUAUCGAACUAGCCUUGGGGAUAUAGAGAUCCAAAACUAUCUUAAAUGCAUGUGGAUGUGAUCAAAACCCAAGUGACAUGUUUUCAUUUCGACCAUGAAUCAGAUAUAAAUAACCCCCGAUGGUGGCGCAGGUCGCAUAUAGAAAGAGAACGCGGUGAUCAAAUACCUGAAAGGAAAAAGAAAUUAGAACCAAGAUCGAUGAAUGUGCUGGAAAACUUACGUCGCGAUCAACAUCAAUCCCUCAAAGUAAUUUGUCUUCCCACUAUGAAUCAUCGAGUUCAUAACCAUCAGGCUGAUGAAGAAGACGGUCGCCUCGAAUGCAUCGAAAAUCAAGGUUGUAGGCAACUCAUAAAUCCAACCUAGUAGCACUAGACCGGGCGUAAUCGUCAGCAUCAUCCG